GCUCGGCGCCUGGAGGGGCGGACCUGUUCGAGUGAUUUAACAUGGCGGAAAGUGCUACCGUAGAGGCGCCGAGUCCGCGGGGUUGUGCGGAUGGGGAAGACGCAGACCCCCCAGAAGAGGGGAUGGCAGAAACGCCGAGAGAUGAUCAGGAGCAAUUUGAGUGCCAGGAAUUGCUCGAGUGGCAAGUGCAGGUGGGGGCCCCUGGGGAAGAAGAGGCCUCUGGCCCGGUGGCGGAGGCCGAGGCGAUAGCUGCCGGUUGGAUGCUCGAUUUCCUCUGCCUCUCUCUUUGCCGGGCCUUCCGCGACGGUCGCUCCGAGGACUUCCGCCGGACCCGCGACAGUGCCGAAGCUAUUAUUCAUGGACUGUCCAGUCUAACAGCUUAUCAGUUGAGAACGAUAUACAUAUGUCAGUUUUUGACAAGAAUUGCCUCAGGAAAAGCCCUUGAUGCACAGUUUGAAACUGAUGAACGAAUUACACCCUUGGAAUCAGCCCUGAUGAUUUGGGCUUCAAUUGAAAAAGAACAUGACAAACUUCAUGAAGAAAUAGAGAAUUUAGUUAAAAUUCAGGCUAUAGCUGUUUGUAUGGAAAAUGGCAAUUUUAAAGAAGCAGAAGAAGUCUUUGAAAGAAUAUUUGAUGACCCGAAUUCUUAUGAGCCUUUAAAAAGGAAAUUGCAUAAGAUAAUCUCUCAGAGAGAUACAUUCCACUCAAUUUUUCAGCACUUCAGCUACAACAACAUGAUGGAGAAAAUUAAGAGUUAUGUGAAUUCUGUGAUAAAUGAAAAAUCAUCAGCCUUUCUUAUGAAGGCAGCAGCAAAAGUAGUAGAAAGUAGAAGGGCAAGAACAACUCAAGAUAAACCUAAUGGUAACAGUGUUGAAGUGGAAACUGAAGCUAAUUUGGAUGUAGGAAAAAGUGUUAGUGACAAACAGUCUGCAACUGACUUCUCAGGGAGUACAGUGUCCUUGUUGAGGUGUCACAAGAAGCUCAUUCUAUCUAAGUCAAAACACGGAAGCCAACAACAGGAUUUUAGAAGGGAAGAAGAAAGAAUGGAAAUUCUUCAAAGUGAAAGAAUGAAAAGACUUAGGAGACAAGCUGCUGAAAAUAAGAGACGACAUGUUUUGAAUAGUCAGCCAGGAACUUCUAAAAAACCACAAUCUAGGAAAAAACAGGCAUGGCUUUGGGAAGAAGACAAGAAUCUGAGAUCCGGUGUGAGGAAAUACGGAGAAGGAAACUGGUCUAAAAUAUUAUUACAUUAUAAGUUCAACAACCGAACAGGCGUCAUGUUGAAAGACAGAUGGAGGACUAUGAAGAAGCUAAAACUCAUUUGCUCAGACAGUGAAGACUAAAUGUUUUUGUAAAAGCUUGGUAAAAGGACAGUUAAAUAUUUUGGUCACUGCCUUUUGUUUGAAAGUUGGUGGUCAUUGAUGUAUCUUAAAAUUUUUGUCUAAAG